UAGGCUAAAGGGGUGGAACAGAUUUUCGUUGUAUAUAAAGCAUUUCAAAUCUUAUCCACGCUGUUUGUCGACCUUCCCUGUCUUGCAUUUGGAUACCGGUUCUACUUUUUAUAUUAGCAAUGUUGUGGUACCUGAUGGUAACGGCGACAUUGUUGACUAUAGGUCAACCUUUGUCGUAUUCUGAUACGAGGCCAACCCCACUUCUAUCAGCUGAUUGCGCAUUAGUGGUAAUGACUGGUCACAAAAGAAGAAUUGAUAGUUCUCAACAAGGAUUACGCUAUUUUUCCAAUUUUAUACCCGAAUGGAAAGUAGCUGCAACCAAUGAAUAUGGAGAAGUUUGCAUUACAUACGAUGACAUUAAUCAAGCUACAUAUGAAGCGAGAAGAAAAAUAGGUGAUGUACCAAAAGAAAUUUAUGAGCUUUCUUCUGUUUAUCCUGAAUAUGAACAUAUAGCUGUACCAGCAGAGAUUAUUUUAGAAGUGACAAGAAUAUUGGUACAUAGGUUUCAAAUUUCUCGUGACACAAUUCUUAAUGCUUUUCCUCGUAUUGACACAAGUCGGACAGCUAUCAAAGACAUUUGUCCUGCUUUUCUAAAGCCUGUUAAGUGUGAACUGAAUCGAUACAGGACAUUGACUGGUAUGUGCAAUAAUCUUGAGCAUCCAUCUUGGGGAAGCGCACGAUCUUCAAUGAUUCGAUACUUGCCACCGGAAUACGCAGAUGGUAUCGCAGAACCAAAGAGAUCAGUGGAUGGCGGUGAACUACCAAACCCUCGUGUUGUCAGUUUUAUGAUGCAUCACGAUGUUAGUGAGCAUCAUUCUCACAUCAACAUUCUUUUAGUCUUUUGGGGUCAAAUGACAGAUCACGACUUGACUUUAGCAGCACAAACAGUUGAUGAAAAGAAAGACGAUGUUGAAUGCUGUAAAUAUCCCCCAGAGCAUCAGCAUCCUAACUGCAUGACUAUACGAAUACCAACUGAUGACCCUUUUUACAAAUAUUUUAAAAGACAAUGUUUGGAUUUUGCUCGAAUCUAUCCAGGACCAAAACCAGGAUGCAAGUUAGGACCUCGCUUUCAAAUUAACACCAUAUCGGCUUACUUGGAUGGCAGUUUUAUUUAUGGAAGUACCCAAGAUAUUGCUAGCAGAUUACGGGAGUUUCAUGGAGGUCGACUGAAGACAAACCAAAUGUAUGCUGAACUAGGACUGAAAGAUCUGCUUCCUCAAAAAAUGGUAGAAAAAGAUGUUGGGUGCUUAGCAAGACCAAGAAAUGUUUACUGUUUCGAUGCUGGUGAUGAAAGAGUAAAUGAACAGUUAAUGUUAACAGUAAUGCAUACUCUAUGGAUGAGAGAACACAAUCGAAUCGCUGAUAUUUUGUCUCAUAUCAAUCCUCAUUGGGAUGAUGAAACUAUUUACCAAGAAACAAGACACAUCGUUGCAGCUGAAUUACAACAUAUCACCUAUAGUCAGUGGUUACCAAUGCUUGUUGGGCGACAAGUAGUUGCAAAGUAUGGCAUCGAACCCCUUAAGCAUGGAUAUUAUGAUCAAUACAAUCCAAAUGUCAAUGCAGGCAUUCGAGCAGCUUUCCAAUCAGCAGCUUUCAGAUUUGGUCACAGUUUACUUCCAGAUGUCAUUGAACGCUACAAUAAGUUCCACGAGAAAAUAGAUUCCAUACGAGUGUCAACAGUCUUAAGACAACCUUUUAAUCUCUACAAGCCUGGAAUUGUGGACACAUUUAUUCAUGGCCUCAUAAAUCAAAAAGCAAAUGCUAUGGAUCCUGAAGUUACAACAGAAGUAACCAAUCAUCUCUUUGAAAAACCAGGUGAUGGUUUUGGAAUGGAUUUGGCUGCUAUAAAUGUCGAAAGAGCUCGAGAACAUGGUAUUCCGGGUUACACUAAAUACAGAGAAUACUGCGGUAUGCCCAAAAUUAGGAGUUUUUGGGAUUUAAUCGGCAUUUUGCCAAACAAAACUGUUCAUCGUUAUUCUCAGAUUUACCGACACGUAGAAGAUAUUGAUUUAUGGAGUGCUGCUAUUUCUGAAUAUAAUUUACCUGGAGCAGUUCUUGGUCCAACAUUAAGUUGUCUUAUAGCUGAACAGUUUGCAAACCUGAAAAGGGGAGAUAGAUUCUAUUAUGAAAAUUCAGGCUGGCCUUCAUCUUUUACUCCAGAGCAACUGACUGAGAUUAGAAAAGUGAAAGUUGGCCGAAUAGUCUGUGAUAAUUCAGAUGAUACUCUGACGAUUCCUCUAAAUACAUACAUGGUUGGAGAUCCUGUUUUAAACCCAUUUGUGGAAUGUAAUAGUCAUCAUUUUCCUCACAUGGAUUUAACGAAGUGGAGAGAUACAAGUUAUGAAUAAAUUGAAGAUAUUUAUGUACAUAUUUCAUGAGGUUAUCCUCAAGCCAAGACUUUAAAGUGAAACAAACUUUUAUAUUUAAAUACUUUACCAGCUAUUUAUUUUGUGUUGUCUCAAUAAUGUUUUACUUAAAAAGAAUCAAUUAAAUUUCAAUCGUGAUAAAAUUGAAAAAAAGAAUGCUGCCAAAUACUUUUCUAGUUACUACAUGGGAGAAGUGGAUAGAUCCUGACUUUACAAUUUUAACUCACGUAAGCAGAGAAAAACGAUUACCUAUAUAGUUUGAAAAAUUACCAUUGUGCAUGAAUUAUGAUAAGAAAAAAAUUGAUAUAAUUAUAAAUUUUUACAGAUAUAGUUAUUUUAUACCUUGUAUUUGUGUAGGUGUUCCGUUGCAAUUGUUUUUGUAUUGUAAAAGUUUCAAAUAUUUUUAGGAAAUAUUUCCAAGCCAAAAUACAUC